UUCGUUCAAUAUUAUUAUCAAAAUCCAUAAAUCCAAAAAUUUGUUCAAAAAUUAUGACUCUUUUAUCAUCUCACCAAUCAUUAACAAAUUUUGCUUGUGAAGAAAGAUUAUGCCCAGUAGGAACUUGGGCUGGUCGUGUCGGUGAAGGCAUAUGUCAAGAUUUUUGCUCUACUUUACACACAUUACGUGAUACUCUUAGUGAUGUAAUAGAAUCUGAGGGCGUUAUUGGGGAAAAAGGUGAAAAAUUUGUUUAUGACGAUUUGGUAAAAGGUUUUGUUGAUGAGUGUAAUGAGUUCAAAGCAAAUUUUAGGCAUUGUAGGUUUUAUGCUCAAAAAAUCUGA